ACCUCCCGCUGCACGCAGCUCCCUUCCAGCAGCUCCAUCCCAGCACCUCUGCACAGACCCAGUAGAUGAAGACAUCGGAUUUCGGGGCGCAAAGAUGGGGUGCUUCACCUUUAUCAAGGUUAUGAUGAUCCUUUUCAACCUGGCCAUAUUUCUCAGUGGCGGGACCCUCCUGGGAGUUGGCAUCUGGGUCACAGUGGAUGAAAAGUCAUUCCUGGAUGUAUUUGGGGCGCUGUCUUCUAGCGUCCUGCAUGUUGUGAAUGUGAGCUACUUCCUCAUCGUCAUUGGUGCCAUCCUGCUGGUGAUUGGUUUCCUUGGGUGCUGUAGUGCCCAGAAAGAGAGCAAGUGUCUCCUGAUGGUGUUCUUCUCAGUGAUGCUGAUCAUCUUCAUUGCUGAAAUUGCUGCUGCUGUGGUGACCUUGGUCUACACAAAUAUUGCAGAAACGCUGCUGAAGUCUGUGGUGACCCCUCUCCUUCAGAAGAAGUAUGGGAGUGAUCCAAUUCUCUCAGAGAACUGGAAUGAGACCAUGAAAGAGCUCAAAUGCUGUGGCCUGAAUAACUACACAGACUUCACCGACUCCCCCUGGUAUAAGGAACACAACGGCACCUUCCCGAGUACCUGCUGUAAGGACCUGCAGCCCUGCACCUCCGUCCUGGCUGCACAGAAAAAUGUCACGGGUUGUUUCAGGCAGAUUGUGCAAGAAAUCAAGACUCAUGGAGGUGUGGCAGGUGGUGUGGCAGCUGGCAUUGCUGCCCUGGAGGUUGCAGCCAUGGUGGUUUCCAUGUACCUGUACUGCCAGCUGGAUCAGAAGUGACCCCAGGAGGAUGAUCUGUGCCCCCCUGCCAUGCUGGGGGGGGCAGGGGGCACCCCAUUGCUCCUUGGACCUGUGUUCCUGUGCACUGUGAUUUACAGCUGUGUUCUGAUCUACCGAGCUGGGAUCUGUAGAGUUUGUCUAUAUUUUUGUACUGAUGUGGCACACGGGGCCGGU